GCACCCAAACCUUAUGUCUAAUUCGUAAGCCUCGACGGCGACAAUUAUCCUGGGAAACCGCCACACCGCCGUUUUUCUGUUAACCAAAAACACGUUUCGACGUUUCGUCAAGGAAACUCGCCAGAAAAGAAACGUGCUUUCCCUUCCUUUUCCGAUUUUAAAUUCCCCGAAAGCUCAAAGUCUGUGACUUUCCAAUUCCCCGGCGAAGCUUCUUCACAAUGCAGAAGAUGGCGCAGGAAUGGUUUUCGCGGACAGGCAGCGGCGUCGAUGACUUGCAGAAACCGUCGUCGUCUUCCUUGUUAUCGGAUUGGAACUCCUACGCCGCUUCACAAUCUACGGACGAGAGCUCCUCUUUGGGACUUGGAUUCGAUCUCGAAUCUGCGGUCCGUUCUGCUAACGACACGGUUUCCGGAACUUUCAGCGUGGUUUCCAAAGGAGUGAAAGAUAUACCUGGGAGCCUCCAGUCUGCUACUAGUAAUGUCCCUUCAGGAAAAGCUCUCAUGUAUUUUGGCUUGUUUCUGGCAACUGGGGUGUUCUUUGUUUUUAUCGCAUUUACCAUGUUCCUUCCUGUCAUGGUGUUGAUGCCUCAGAAGUUUGCUAUCUGCUUUACGCUUGGGUGUGCCUUUAUUAUCGCAUCCUUCUUUGCACUCAAAGGUCCAAAGAAUCAGCUUGCUCACAUGUCUUCAAAAGAGAGACUUCCGUUUACUGUUGGAUUUUUAGGCAGUAUGGUGGGUACCAUAUAUGUAUCCAUGGUGCUCCACAAUUACAUUCUCUCUGUUUUCUUCUCUGUGUUACAGGUUCUGGCACUUGCUUACUAUGCUGUUUCGUACUUUCCUGGUGGAUCUGCGGGUUUGAAGUUCCUAUCUUCUGCCCUUACGUCUUCCGUAAUGAGAUGUUUUGGGAGGUGACUCUGACCUCUUUGUUGCCUUGUAUAUUUCUUACCUACGAUUUUUGGUCAGUCUAGCAUGGCCUGAGGCAUAUUCUUGAGUGGAAGCUAUCAUGUAAAAAAAUGUCAGAGUUUAAUUCUUUGUUAAACAUCGAUUUUAGAUCAAUUCGCAGAGAAAACUGCAAUGCGUUUCCCGCAAGGUAUAAAUGGAAACAGAAACAAUGUCUUGCGUGAUGAAGCAAGCCUUGGAGGGAAGAAUUUAUUGUAUGCUGAAUUGUGAAAUUCUAAUUGAGAAAACAGGCUCUGCCAUUUAUUGUUUUCAUGUGAGCUUCGAUCUAUCAUAAGCUGGGUUAAAUA